AUGGCCAUGUUGGACUACGAUGAAAUUCUGGCUUCCGACUCUUUCAAGUUUUUCGUGGGCGCCGAGCGUCGGUCCUUCCAUCUUCAUGGCACGUUGGUUGCUCGGCAAUCCAAGGCACUCCGUGAGCUCUUGUACGGCAAGAUGAAGGAGGCCCAGGAACGCUGCGUACAGUGGUUGGACGUUGACGUACCGACCUUCGUUCGGUUCGGAGAUUUCAUAUAUACGGGCGAUUACCACGCUGCGCCGUACACGAGCCGCAAAGUGUCAGACCCAGUCGUCAGCGAUAUCUUACCUGCGGAACCGGUUGCCGGUUUCGCCCGGAGUCCUAGUUUUACUAAGGGCAAAAAGGUCGCGAUGUGGAAUCCUAAGCCAUCAGCUUAUCAGCGUCCUGCAACCGGAUCGCUCUGGAGCGAGUUCAGCCGGCUUUAUGCGGACGUUAGUGCGGCCGACGUGCGCGAGAACGGGCCGACCGACGAUUACACCGACGUAUUUCUCGGUCACGCUCAGGUCUAUGUGUUCGCGGACUGCUACGGGAUCGCUACCCUGCGGGCUCUGUCGCUUGGAAAGCUGCGAAAAACAUUGGAGAUUUUCACUCUAUAUCAGGCAGGUGUUCAGGAUGUCAUCAGGCUGAUUCGAUACUGUUAUCAGAACACCGCGGACAAAGUGAAUGAAGAAGACGAACUGAGGACACUUGUGAACAUGUACACGGCCUGCAAGGUAGAGACGCUGUGGGAGGACGAAGAGUUCGCUGGCUUGGUCGAGACGAACGGCGAAUACGCGAAAGGCUUGGUCAAUUUCAUUGUGCGACGCGUGAGCUGA